AUGCCUUCCCUGCCUGACUCGCCUCCCCCCGUUCCUCCCCCCGUUCCCGUCGAGACCCAUCCGAACCGCACCGUCGGCGUCGGCGUCAAGCCCACCGCCGCGCAACGAGCCCUCCCGGAUCCAACCCGGCUCGCCCCUGAAGAUGCAUAUUACACAUCAUCCCUGCCCAGGGCUCGGCCAACCCAGACCGGCUACAAUGAAUCUCUCCGAGUGUUGAACGGCAACUCGGGCACGGCCGUCCCCGUGGCCGCAUUGCGACCGCCGCCCGCCGUUCCAGGAGUGGGGAGUCGCAAGGUGCGCGGCACCAGCAGACGGAGACGACGAAAGGGCGCCUGGAAGAAGCUCCUCUGGGUGAAGCAAUCGUAUCCCGACAAUUACACCGACACCGAGACGUUUCUGGACCACCUUCAGCGGAAUCCCCGAGUGCGACCUUACGAUUUCUGGCCUUUGGUGGCUGACUCCACCGUCAUUGUACAACAUGUUAGCUCCGUGGCAAUAUUCGUCUGCUGCUUCGUGGGCAUCGUGCAGGGCCGCGUGAGCCCGGUGUCGGUUGUCUGCUGGGGCAGUGUCGGGACGGCGUUGGGGUGGAUCUUCUGGGACUCUUGGAUACUGAGGGAGCAUGUGGAGAAUGCGCACGUCGCGGAACGUGUGUUGGAGGGAGAUGACGGUUCUAGUUCGAGCUCCAUGACCAGCUCGGUCAAUCCGUCUGGCACGAGCUCGCGAGCUAACGGGCAGAAGGAGAACCAGGUGCAUGGGCUGGGAUUGAGCAUGGCGCAAGGUGAGUCGAGCGAACUGAUCCGACGACACAGUACGGGGUAUGCUGGUGAUGGCUACGGGGCUCAGGAGCCUGCGUCCCCCACGCCUGGGCCUGCGAAUGGGACUUUCAACGGCGGCUCCCAUGAGCCAGACAUGUUGUCGAUGUUUUCCUCGCGGAAUCGACAACGACUGUCGACGGUGAAAUCGGCCUUUUUGAUCUACUUUGCGCUGCUGGGGCUCAGUCCGAUCCUCAAGUCUCUUACCAAGUCCACGGCCAGUGACUCGAUCUGGGCGAUGAGUUGCUGGCUGCUGAUCAUGAACAUCUUCUCCUUUGACUAUGGAAGCGGGGAGGGCGCGGGCGCCACCAAGUUUCCGGCAUCUCUGUCCACCAAUGCCGCGGUGAUGGCGUCGACGGUGCUCGCGUCCCGGCUCCCAUCCACGACACAUGUGUUCAGUUUGAUGCUGUUCUCUAUCGAGGUGUUCGGGCUGUUCCCCAUUUUCCGGCGACAGCUGCGUCAUGUGUCUUGGACGGGGCAUGUCCUGUUGACACUGGCGCUGGUGAGCGUAGCUGGCGGCGCGGUGGGGAUCACGCUGCGCGGGGGAUGGGCGGCGGCGGUGGUUGGCUCCAUUCUGGGGAGCAUCCUGACGGCGCUGGGGAUGGGGGGAUGUAGCUGGUGGCUGAUCAGUCUCCAGAAGUAUAAGAAUGUGGUCACGGGGCCCUGGGAUCCGGCCCGUCCCAUUAUCCGGCGCCACUGGGAUUAG